AUGUCUGUCUCCAAACCCACAUUUCUCAUAGUGCCAGGUGCUUGGCAUCCCUCCUCUGCCUAUCAGAUACUCGCGGAUCAGCUCAAUGCUGCUAAUUGUACGGCCGUCAUUGCUACCCAUCCCAGUUUAAACUCCAAAGAGCCGUCAUCAGUAACCUGUGCUCAAGACGCGCAAGCCGUUCGAAGCGUUUUGCUAUCUUUGCUCGACAAGAAUGAGGAUGUGGUAGUAGUAGCACAUUCCUAUGGCUGUGUAACUGGAAGCGGUGCUGCAUAUGGCUUAAGCAAAGCCUCUCGAGCUAAAGCAGGAAAGAGAAGUGGCGUAAUUGGGAUCGUGUGUAUUGCCGGGUUUCUGCUUCAUGGUGGAGCGAAUAUGAGCUCGAUGAAACCGCCAGCGUAUGUGUUGCUCGACCAACCUGAACCGGGUUUCUGCGAGACGAGCAAUCCAGCAGAUAUUUUCUAUCACGACCUCGACGAGCAAAGUGCUGCUUCGAUGGUGCGAUCACUUCAACCCCAAGCUAUGGGGCCGUUUGCUUCAGAUUCUCCACCAACAGCCUGGGAAGAGCCGGAGUUUGAAGGAAAGCUAGCUUACGUGAGAGCGACACAAGACAGAGCAGUGCCGUUAUUUGUGCAAGACAUGAUGAUGGAAAAAAGCCAGGUGAAAUGGCUGGUGAAGGAUAUCGAGACUUCUCACAGUCCAUUCUUGUCUCGUCCCAAGGAGCUGACGAACUUAUUGUUGGAAUGUGUUGAUCAUUUUCUUGUGUCCGAUGGGCCUCAAUCAACGACUUAG